AUGAUUUUGCAAUCGACUUCGAAUACUAUACCUCUUUGCUGUGAUAUUUCACAGAAAAAGCUGUUGGCUUUUUCUUCCACAUAUCUCCGCCCCCCUUGCAGUUUCUACUCCUGUGGUGAUAAUAAUAGUUGCUAUCAUGACCAUUAUCGACGCAGAAACAUCAUAACCCGGAAAAAAAGGAUAAUAAAAAAUGUGAGUUGGGCAAUCCUCCAGGUUCAAGCUUGCAUCAAUGGUGAGAGUUCCCAAUACCAAUUCGACAUAGACCCCAAUAACUUUGCUGCCCGACUGGGAGCUAAAAAUAUAAUCUUGAAGCGAUUUUCAGAUGAUGAAUUCGAUUACAAUUCAUCCAAUGCUGCUACAAGUAGUAGUGCGAAUACAAAUGGUAAUUAUUAUAGUUCCAGUUUGGCAGAAGACCCCAUUGUAGAUAAGCUGAGAACUCAGCUGGGGGCGAUAAACCCAAUCCCAACUCCUCCUCAGAUAAACCGCAACAUUGUUGGCCUCUUUGCCUUAUUCUUUUUCACAGGGGUUGUUUUCGACAAGCUAUGGACCUCUCCAAAGAGGAGCAAUAUUAUUAACAGUAAGCCUGGGAGUUGGCCACAGGUGGCUGCCAACCUGUCCAUGUUUCUUGAGAAGGAUUUGCAGAGGAAAGAGUCUGUCGAGUGGGUGAACAUGGUGCUGGGGAAGCUAUGGAAGGUCUACAGGGCUGGGAUUGAGAAUUGGAUCAUUGGCUUGCUGCAGCCAGUUAUUGACAAUCUCAAGAAGCCAGAUUAUGUGCAGAGGGUGGAGAUUAAACAGUUUUCUCUGGGGGAUGAGCCCUUGUCCGUUAGGAGCGUUGAGCGUCGUACUUCUCGGCGAAUCAACGAUUUGCAAUACCAGAUAGGCCUCCGUUACACUGGUGGUGCACGAAUGCUUUUAAUGCUGUCACUCAAAUUCAGCAUUCUUCCCAUUGUCGUGCCAGUGGGUGUGCGAGACUUUGACAUUGAUGGAGAACUGUGGGUAAAAUUGCGACUGAUUCCAUCAGAACCAUGGGUCGGAGCCCUGUCCUGGGCAUUUGUUUCUCUGCCGAAGAUAAAAUUCGAAUUGUCACCAUUUCGCUUAUUCAAUCUAAUGGCAAUUCCUGUCCUCUCAAAGUUUUUGACGAAACUUCUCACUGAGGAUUUACCUCGGCUAUUUGUGCGCCCAAAUAAGAUUGUUCUAGAUUUUCAGAAGGGAAAAGCUGCUGGACCUAUUCCAAGUGGUUUAAGAUCUGGAGAAAUCCAAGAGGGAAAUAAGGACUUUGCCGCAGAAUUGUCGGUUAAUCUUCUAGAUGCACGGAAACUCACCUAUAUUUUCUAUGGCAAAACGGAUCCAUAUGUUGUUCUGAGAUUGGGAGAUCAAGUAAUACGCAGUAAAAGGAACAGCCAAACUACUGUCAUUGGACCUCCUGGUGAGCCAAUCUGGGAUCAGGAUUUUCACAUGUUAGUUGCUAACCCUGGGAAAGAAAAAUUAUACAUUGAAGUAAAGGAUUCUCUUGGAUUUGCGAAUUUUACGGUCGGUACUGCCGAGGUUGAACUUGGAUCUUUGAAAGAUACUGUUCCAACAGACAAGAUUGUGGUACUUCGAGGAGGGUGGUCCCUGUUUGGAAAUGGAAUUGCUGGAGAAAUCUUACUGCGAUUGACAUAUAAAGCAUAUGUGGAGGACGAAGAAGAUGAAAGAACUGAAAAAAGUUAUAGAGAUACAGAUGCUUCAGAUGAUGAGCUUUCUUAUGAAUCAGAUACUUCAACAUCUGAGCAGAUUGGGAAGGAAUACUCAAUUGGAACAGAUGCAGAAUCUUUCGUGGAUGUUCUAGCAGCUUCACUUUUUCAGAAACUGAUUCUGGUAAUUCGAGAGGAUCGACCUUAUUUUGGCUUGCCGUGA